ACGGCAUGGAGAAGGAUUCUGCCAUGGACAUCGAUCUUCAACCGGAAGAAGAAGGCAAAGAGAAGGAGGAGGAGGAAGAUUAUUUCCUGAGAUUUAUCGACUAUGCGAGGUCCGAGCUUCUGGAAGUCGAAGGAGAUCCCGAUCCAAAUGGUGAUGGUGCGGUUGUUGAUCUACCUGGCUGGAGCUGGAUCGUGUCUCGCAUUCUCAAGACUUGCAUUGCUUAUUCCAGCGGCGUCACACCUGCGAUACUGCUCUCCGAACUCUCUCUGGCUUGGAGUGAGCAACGCAGAAUCGGGGCUUCGACGAAGAGGCUAGAAUUUAUCGAGCACUUAAAGAAGAAUAACCGGAGAACGAAAUUGCCAAACACUGUCACCAUUGAUUCGAUAUAUGAGAAAAAUUUCUUGUCCUUAAACAGUGUUCUGGAAGCGGUUAUUGUUGAUGCAUUUGUUCUUCCAGGCACAAACAUCCAAAUGCUAACGUUAGGAGACUAUUCAAGUUCCAAUCUCGUCGAUCUCUAUCUCCACCGCAGAUUCUAUAACUUGGUGGGUGUGGAGAAUGGAAUUCUGAAGAAAGGGAGGGAGGUUUUCCUCACUGGUUGCUAUCUUCGAACCGCCUCAGAAGGUGUCAGUCAUCCACGCCUUUUGCCAACAGAGUAUCUUGUUAUACUAUUGGAUGAGAAUCAAGAUGAUGAUGCAAUGCUACUAGCAGCUCAGUUUGGUGCAGAUUCUUUCUCUUCAAUAUCUCUCAAUGCAGCAAACGAAGGGGUUUCUUAUUCACUUUAUGCUAGGAUUGAAAGCAUUGGGUCAGUGGAAACUCAAGGCAAGUUUGGAAAUGUACAGAAAAAGCAGAUUACUCUAGUAGAUUGCAACGAUGUGAAGUUACAGUUUCUCUUAUGGGGUGAGCAGACUGUCCUUUCCAAUCUCUUCAGAGUGGGAAGUAUGCUUGCACUGGACAAACCAUAUAUUUCAAGUUCUACCGAGUGUGAUAUUGAAACCAGUGAGGAAUUUUGUCUUGAAUAUGGAACUGCAACACAAUUAUAUCUGGUGCCUUACAUUCAACAGGAAGAACAGGUGCGUGUUUCAUUGACACCAAGUCGUCAUCAAAGUUCAAGGUCCUUAAAUUCAUUAACUCCCAGUCAGAGUCCCAAGUUUUCUCAAGUGAGCUUGCCUUGUGAUUCUUUCGGGACCAUUGAUUACAGUAAAUACCCUUUUCGGUCGUUUGUGGCUGACCUUCAGGACAAAAUGACCAGCGUCAGCCUCUAUGGUGUUGUUACAGAUAUUAUCAAAGAUGUAAGCUCAGAAACUACCUUCUCUAUAAGAAUUGCAGAUACUAGCGGAGCAAUAUGGGCAAAGCUUCAUUUUACCACAGCUUGGUCAUUGGGAAGAUUAAGUUUCGGUCACACAGUUUUUGUAUCUGGCUUGACAUGCCUCAAGUUGAAACAAAAGCGCCUGGAGGUGUCAUGGUUUGAGAAUGAUGAUGGGGCAUCUUUCAUCAAUAUCAGUUGCUUGCCAGCAUUGAUCAACUCAUCUUGUCUUCAUAAGAUAUCACGCCUCUCUGAUAUAACUUGCAAGACUGGCUAUGCGCAAAUAUGUCGAAUCUGGCUUGAACCGAUGGAACAUUUUCAUGUUAAUACUAGAUUUUCACAUUCUCCAUGUGGUCACUUCGUCAACGAGAUGCCUAGUGGCCUCUUAGAAUGCGGCUUCUGUCAUAAAGUUUGUGAUGCUGAAGUAGUACGAACUUUCGACUUGAAAAUUACCGUUGCAGACGAUAGUGCUAAAGUUUUGGCAUGGUCUACUGGUCAAACGGCUAUGGAUUUACUGCAGAUAUCUCCGGAGGAGUUUUAUGAACUUCCUGAGGAAGAACAAGUAAUGUACCCGUCAUCAUUAGAGAAUGAGAGUUUCAUGGUUGCAUUAGUGAAUUGUAAAAACGAGAGCUAUGGAUUGAUACAAGGCCCUUCGUUAGACAAUUCAACGCCCUGGGAAAUCACUCGUGCAUACAAGUGUGAAUAAAUGGUCCACGAAACACAGAAAUGUUGUCCGAACAAGGGGACGGCAAGUGUGCGGGAAGGUAAUCCUUGCCCAUUUUCUGUAGUGAAAAAGGUAUUUCUGUCAGCGUGUCAAAGAAGAUAUCCGAUGACAGUGCCUGCACAGGACGAUUCCAGAGUUGAAUUCCAUUUUGGGAUCCAGUUUCUUCCAUGGUGAAACAAGAUACAAGAAACACCGAUACCCAAAAAGGUGCGUCUCUUGCGCAAUUUAACGAGAAGCUGAUCCAAUUAUGAAUCGCAUAAAAUGCUUGCAGGAAGCUGG